CGAAUCGCUUCUUCUCGCCAGUCGCAGCUCGUCCACACGGGCAACAACACUGUUGCUCAGAGACUUGAACAACUUUUUUUCCGAGUGAACACAUUUUACCCCACUGGCAGCUGCUCUUUUCUUUUCCAGUGUGUCAUCGGAACUAACGAAAAAAACAACUUUUUUUUCCUGCACGCGUCGAUAUUUCUCCUCAAGUGCUUCAUCAUCCGAUUUGGAAAAUAAAAUUCAAUCACCAGAACUUGUUCAAAAGGACUAAAAGAAACACAACAGACACAGCAAAUUGGAUUCAAAAAAGUUAUUAUUCUUUAUCUUUUUUAAUUUCGCCAGUUUGUGCUCAGUGUGUUGGUUGAUAGUGGUGGUGGUUGGACACAUCCUCCUUCAUAUCAAAUUGAAAAAGAGCGUUGGGUUUUUUUUCAUUUUUCCAGUGAGUGUGUCUGUGUGUCGACAAGUUUUCUACACAGUGUGUUCGUGCGUGUGUUUUGUGCUGCUGCGAACUAGUGUUUCUUUCAGUUCCCCAUUUUUACCCCUCAAAACGCCGGGAAUAUCCAUCGAAUCGUGAAAGAAACAAGUCGUUUUCCACGAAGAGGGACACCGUUUUCCAAAAGCAUCUCCAGUGUGAAUCUAAAAGGUGGAUGAUGACACGGUUUUCAUGCCGCGAUUGAAAGUAUUCGAAUCAGCUUCAACUUCAACGUCCGUUGCCAUGGCGACCAUCUUGUUUGUCGUCGUUUUGGCUCUGACGACUUCGUUUCCUAUGGCCACUGCCGCACUUCCGGACAUCGGCCAGGGUUUGAUUCCAUCCAGCAUGAGUAGCAGCAGCAGCAGCAGCAGUCGCAACAUGACGUCAAUGUCCAUCAGUUCCAGCCGAAAGGACCCAUCAGCCGGAGUCAACAGCAUUGUCAAGCAGUUCAAUUGGCCGCGAUCCAGUCUGACGGUCAACGGCACCAACAGAGGCUUCCGCCAUUUGACGAUGGAUCCAUCGACUGGCCGCAUCUACGCCGGCGGUGUCAACCGACUCUUCCAGCUCGAUUCCAGCUUGUCUGUCGAGGCUUCGGUGGUGACUGGGCCCGUAGUCGACAGCCCGCAGUGCCACGCCAGCGGAUGCGCGCCAUCCAGCGGCGUUGACGCCGUGGCCACCGACAACGUCAACAAGGUGCUGAUUGUGGAUCGCGACGCCCGCACCCUGCUGGCCUGCGGCUCGACGUCGCAAGGAGCCUGCACCAAGUAUCGUCUGUCCAACAUUUCGUCGGAGCCGGAAUUCAUUUCGCGCAACGUGGCGGCCAACGACGAAACGGCGUCGACGUUCGCCUUCAUCGGGCCGGAGCACUACAACCCGUGGGGUCGAUCCAACGUUCUCUACGUCGGGACGACUUUCACUUCGGUCGGCGAAUACCGUCACGAAGUGCCGGCCAUCUCAUCACGCAAUCUCUACGACUUGGACUUUGCCGAAUUCUCCUUCACCAAGCAGUCGACGUUGCACAUUGACGUCAAAUACCGCGACCACUUUCUCGUCAAAUACGUCUACGGGUUCAACGCGUCCGACUUUGCCUAUUUCGUCGUCGUCCAGAAGAAGUCGCACCUGCCCGGCGAGGAAGAGUCGGGCUACGUCACGCGACUGGCUCGCACCUGCAUUUCGGACGCCAAUUACGAUUCCUACACGGAAGUGACUCUCCAAUGUGGCGGCGGCGCCGACGGCCAGGGGGCCUACUCGCUGGUCCAGGACGCCAAAUUGGCCCAGGCCGGACCUGAUUUGGCCAACAGUUUGGGAUUGAGCACGGGCGAUCCGGUCCUUGUCGGCCUCUUCUCCCCACCCAAAGGCAUCGGCAGCCCCGAGCCGAGUCACCAAUCGGCCGUCUGUGUCUUUAGCAUCGCCGACAUCGAGGCCCGUUUCAACGAGAACAUUCACAUGUGCUUCAACGGUAGCCUCCAGUCUCGCAACAUGGAGUACAUCUCGGGACCCAUCCUGGACGGCAAAUGUCCUAAAGCCGGGACGACGGGCAACAUCCACAAUUUCUGCGAGGUCGGACUGAAAAUCGCCGGCAUCGUGCCAAUCUACAGCCCGCCAGCGUUGACAUACAGCCACACUCUGUUGACUUCCGUCGCCGUUUCCGGCACGGAACAACACACAGUCGCCUUCCUCGGCACAUCCGACGGACAUUUGAAGAAGAUCCUUCUCGAAUCCGGUGGCAGGGCUACGGAAUUUGAAGAGUUGCCGGUGGACACGGGAUCCACGCUCUUGCCCGACAUGUUGGUCGACUCUAUCGGAGAGCACGUCUACACCGUCUCGACCUUAAAGAUCUCUAAAGUGCGUGUUGAGCACUGUGCCACCUACACCAACUGUUCGUCGUGCCUGGAAGCUCGAGAUCCUUACUGCGGAUGGUGCUCGCUGGAGAAAAGAUGUACCGUGAAGAGCGCUUGCCAGAAGGCCACUACCAGCUCGCCGCGUUGGUUGGCGUACGGUUCCGGCCAGCAGUGUAUCGAUUUCGAGCAAGUUCUACCCGAUCGCAUCCCCGUCGCUCAAACAGCUGUCGUUCAAUUGACGAUCAGAACACUUCCGGACUUGCCGCUGGGCGCUAAAUACAAGUGCGUUUUCGGCGAUGCGGAUCCAAUUGACGCCACUGUUACGGCCACGGGACUGUCUUGCCCGACACCGGAUCUUCAAUCAAGGCCGGCCAUUCCGACCACGUCGGUUAGCGUAGCCAAUUCCGUACUGACUCCAAGCCUGACGGGCAGCAGCCAGCACACGGUCACCGAUCACGUUCUGGUUCCACUUUCGGUGCGCUCCUCGGAGACCAACAAGGAUUUCGUGAGCCGGAAUUUCGCCUACUACGACUGUUCCCGGCACACGACUUGCUCUUCCUGCGUCAAAGCCCAGUGGGCCUGCAAUUGGUGCGUUCACGAAAAUCGCUGCACUCACAACGCCAGCACUUGUCAACGAACUGUCGUCAGCGGAGAGAACAAUCCGGCCCAUUUGAUGACUCACGGAGCCGGCUACUGCCCUCGCCUGAAACGGCCAGCCGACGAGGACGAUUUGGUACCGAGCGGCGUUGCCCGCGAACUCGUCCUUGAAGCGGAGAACCUGCCACACCCGCAGGCCGGACAUGCUGGAUUCCAGUGUCUGGUGGACAUCGAAGGAGCCAAGAUGGCGAUUGGUGCCCGCAUUGAAGCCGGACGCUAUGUAGUCUGCGACAAGACAACGUAUUCGUACGAGGCCAACGUGGGUGAAUACGAGGCCCAGGUGUCAGUCGUCUGGAACGGAGAUCACUACGUCGGAUCCUUGCCCGUCACGUUAUACAAGUGCGACAUCCUCGGAUCACAUCGCGAUCACGCCGACUGCUCCCUCUGCGUCACGCGGGCCAAAAAGUAUCGGUGCGCUUGGUGCGGUUCCGUCUGCGCUUACAGCGAGGCCUGCCCACUCACCGCCGCAACCGAGUGCCCCCGUCCUCGCAUUGAUGUGAUCAAGCCGCUAAGUGGCCCGAUCGAAGGUGGCACUUUGGUGACGAUCGAAGGCAGCAAUCUCGGCCUGAAGGAAGAUGACGUAAAAGGAAAGAUCCGCAUUGGCGACAUCCCUUGCGAGCUUAUCGACUACCAAGUUUCCGUGAAGAUCAUUUGCCGGACUGGACCGGCUCCAACCGAAAUCGAUGCACCCGUCAUCAUUGGCAAUACGGCCGGCUACACCGAAUCCACCGUCAAAUAUUCUUACAAGGACUUGGAAUUGCACAGCGUGUUCCCAACCUUCGGACCGCAGAGUGGCGGAACAUUACUCUCCAUCACCGGAUUCCACCUGAACAUGGGCAGCAGUGUAUCUGCAUUCCUGGACGAAUUACCCUGUCUGGUGAACAGCAGUCACGCAUCCGGCACAAGACUCCUGUGCACCAGCUCUCGCACGGCCGGCCCGCGUACCGUUGCCCAGUUAACUGUGACCAUCGACAACGCCAAACGCGUCCUGGCUAAGAAUCCAUUUAGCUACACCAAAGACCCAACCAUCAUGGAGGUCAAGCCUCUGCGCAGCUUCGCCUCUGGCGGCCGGCUUCUCUCAGUCCACGGCACCAAUCUCGAUUCGAUCCAGAAACCUCAAAUGGCUGUUUAUAUGGAUGACGGCAUCACCGUAGCCAACGUGACGGUGUGUCGAGUUGUAAGUGCUUCGCACAUGGAGUGCCCGUCCCCGCCUGUCGACUUUGAAGCUCUGAUCAACGCUCGCCGGAUGCAGUUGGCGGCCCUAACCGCGGCGCCUUCCUUGUCGCCACUUUCCCGACGUAAAAGGGCUGGCCUCCGACCGCAUCGCGAUGUCCCACGUUCCGUCACACUUCGUAUCGGCUUCCUGAUGGAUAAUGUUGAAUCAGUUCGUGACCUCAAGAAACAUUUUCAACAGCUGCAAUACGUGGAGGAUCCCAGCUAUUCCGCCUUCGUCGGCGCUAGCCUCAUCAAAUUGUACAAAGGAGACACUUUGGUCAUCGAAGGAGAGAAUUUGAACUUGGCCAGCGAUGAAACGGAUGUCAAUGUGACGAUUGGCACUCGAUCGUGUAACGUCACUUCACUGGCCGCCACGCAACUGGUUUGCACUCCGCCCGAAGUUCAGCCGACAGGAACUGAUGAAAUCGGCAUUAAGACGGAAUCGGGUUUGCCGCUAGUUGUCGUUCGCGUUGGUCAAAAUGUCCGUUUCCCAAUCGGCUACCUGCAGUAUGAGGUAGUCAAGCCGUACACAUUCCCACCGGAAGCCAUUGGUGGCAUCACGGCCGGAGGAAUUUUGCUUGUCCUCGUCUCUAUCGCCAUUCUGCUCGUCUACCGCCGAAAAUCGACCCAGGCCGAACGUGAAUACAAACGCAUUCAAAUCCAGAUGGACACACUCGAGAGCAACGUCCGCUCCGAAUGCAAACAAGCGUUUGCACAAAUGUGCACGUGGGACUCGCGACGCACUGGUGGUGGUGGCGCCAAUCUUCCUGCCUUUGCCGAACUCCAGACGGAUAUGACCGACUUGACUGCAGAUUUGCAAUCCCUUGGCACUCCAACGUUGGAUCACAAAACGUACGUGAUGAAGGUGUUCUUCCCAGGAGUUAACGAUCAUCCCAUCCUCAAUGACCCCAAGCGCCGCCUUACUGGACCAAGAACGAAUUACGAUGCGGCCAUGAUGCAAUUCGAGCAGCUCAUUUGCAAUAAACAUUUCCUGCUCACUUUCAUUGAGACGCUCGAGUCUCAGCGGGAUUUUAGCAUCCGCGACAAGGUCAACGUGGCAUCUCUUUUAGUGGUGACACUGAUGGGCAACAUGGAGUACGCCACAAGCGUUUUGCGAUCGCUUCUUUUCCGUUUAAUGGAGAAGGCUGUGAGCACAAAACAUCCGCAGCUGAUGCUUCGCCGUACAGAAUCGGUCGUCGAAAAGAUGCUCUCAAACUGGAUGGCUCUUUCCAUGUACCACUACCUCAAAGACAGAGCUGGGCAGUCUAUCUUUGUCCUGUUCAAAGCCAUUAAAUACCAAGUGGAGAAAGGACCUGUCGACUCCCUCACGCAUGAUGCCCGCUAUUCACUCUCAGAAGAGAGACUUCUUCGUGAGCAGAUUGAUCAUUCGUUUGUGACGAUUCAUCUAGUUCAAGAGGAUCACUACGAAAAGAUCCCCUAUCAACCGUAUCAUACUAUCCCCUUGGCACCGGAGGAGCUAGAAGAGAAAAUUCAGUGCCGCGUUUUGGACUGCGAUACCAUCAGUCAAGUCAAGCACAAAAUACUCGAUGCCCUUUAUCGUCAUACGCCUUUCUCGUUGCGUCCGGCUGUUUACGAAGUCGAUCUCGAGUGGCGACAAUUGCGCGGCGGGAGUUUAAUUCUGUCUGAUGAAGAUGGAUCAUCUAAAAUCAUUAAUGGAUGGAAGAAGCUCAAUACUUUAGCUCACUAUGGUGUCAAAGAGUCAGCUGUUAUGUCGUUGGUGCCACGCAAGAUGACCAACUGCACAAUGACCAACGGCCACUGCAAAUCCUCCUAUCGUAACUGUGUUAACGCUUAUCACUUCAAUUCGACCCUGACUCACGCAAUCCUGCAGAACGGCAAUAACGUUAGUGAUCCUGAAAACGGCGUGAACCACUUGCAGACGUUUCAUUUGGUGCGGCCGCCAAUGGACGACACCAAGUCGAAUGGCAAACAAUGGUCUCCUAACGGCCAAAUGGAUCGUACGCCCAAAGCUAUCCCCGAAAUCUUCCUCACUCGUCUCCUCUCUACCAAAGGCACAAUUGAGAAAUACGUUGUCGAUUUCUUCCGCACCAUCCUCACAGUCGAUGAACACGUACCGCCGGCUAUCAAGUGGCUCUUUGACCUCCUCGACGAAGGCGCUCGCAAGCACAAUAUCACCGACCCCGAAGUGCUCCAUGCAUGGAAAUCCAAUAGCUUGCCACUUCGUUUCUGGGUGAAUUUCAUCAAGAAUCCAGACUUUGUUUUCGAUAUCUACAAGACAAAUACAGUUGACUCUUGCCUGUCGGUUAUCGCACAAACGUUUAUGGAUUCGUGUUCUACUACCGAGCACCGUCUGGGCAAAGACUCGCCUUCUAAUAAACUUCUUUUCGCCAAGGAUAUUCCAAAAUUCCGCGAGAUGGUGUCGACGUUUUACCAAGACGUUUCGAAUAUGCCUCAGAUACCCGACCAGGAGAUGAACUCGACUAUGCAACAACUGUCAAUGUCGCAUAUUGGCGAGUUCGAUACGGUGGCUGCUCUCAAAGAGCUCUACAUCUACGUCAACAAGUACCGUGUGCAGCUGUUUGAAAACUUGGAGGAGGAGAAUUAUUGCCGCAAACUGCAAUUGGCACAACGUUUAGCUAAUGUCGCCUGCGUGAUGGAGGGCGAAGAAACGUCGGCCUGCUGAUAACAAGGAAAAUAAAAAUGUUGGAAUGUGUGGCUUGAAAUAGUGAAAUCCCUUUCUGAUCUGUGAUAAAAAGAUUUGGCAAAAAAGAAUGGGAAUGACGGUAUUGGCCUGUUUAAACUGGGACUCGCUCGCUCCGCUCGUCAACUGCAAAGGGAUAUUAAACUUUGUCUGGGCCGCAAGAGAUGGAAUAAGUGUUUGAAACUGUGCCUCGACUGGUCUCGCUUCCUUCGAGAUCAUACCCGGAUUUGUUUUGUUUGUUCCCUAAUCUUCAUUUAUUUUUGUAAGUGAAUAUCAUUCGUUUGCUCUGCAUAUGUAGAUUCUAUGUCGCCAUUUGAUUCUUUUUAUUUUGCAUGGACCGAAGGGGUUCUUAUCGUGUCCCCUUUUGCUUCUGUAAGAUUCUUGUUCCCUGUAACUCCCUCGCAAACAUGAACAGAUUAAAAUUAUGUCCAUUUCAUGUUACCCAAUAAUGUGAGGCUGUUUAUAUGUCUCUUUACAUGUGCACACAGAAACCUCUCUACACAUUACAGGAGUGUUCCCUCAUUAAUCAUAGACCAAGCUUUGAGUUCUAAAAUUGUUUACACACUUGUCUCUUAUUCUUCUUUCGUUAUUUUCGAUUCAGAUCAUGUCUAAUAUUAUAUAUAUGAAAUGGAAGAGAAACAACAAUUGCGCAUUUGCAUGUGUGCAUUAUCAUUACAGGCGGAAGACUUUUUUCUCCUCCCUGACUACAAAGUUGACUGUUGAUUUUCCCAAAAGAUUUGUGGCCUGUGUGGUUUGUACGUGUAUAUUCGCAAAAAGUGUGUAUCACAAAUUCGGAAAAAAAUGUUUUUUUCUAGUCAGAUUCUGAAAGAAAAAAAAUAA